UUAGAAUUGGUCGAUCUAUAACAUAAUAAGUUACUUUAAAGGUGAACCACCCCUACUGUUCAUUUAAAGGACCUGUUCCAAUGGUUCUCAGAGUUGGAUGAAGAGGGAAUGUGGACCAAGUGGAUCUGUGUCCCAAUGUUGAGCAGCUGUUGUCAAAGCAAGGGUUAAAUGUAGCAGCCUUUCUAUUGGACGACGGGAGGAGGAGGAGCAGCGCAGAGCCAGUCGCUCUCAGGCUACAGAGAGAAUAUGUCUUGGUUGAAUUUAGGAUUUGCAAUUGCGGCUGUCACAGCACCGGGCACUGAUUUGGGCACGGGAGAGAAGUUACUUGGCUAAAUGCUGCACGUACAGGGCAACUGACUGGACUGUCACCCACACAUUGACUGAGCGCCCGUCACACGCUCCUUUGCUAAGUCACCUUCAAUGCAAGGGCACGCAAGCGACUGAUGAAUGGAGCGGCCCCAUCGCCUGCUACUCACACCAGACAGUUUUUUGCUCCGGAGUCUCUCCAUGAUGCGCCCGAUUCAUCACUUGCUCUAUACGGCGUCUCCUCUAAGCGACAUGAUGAGCAGCUGCCAAGUCCGGACUAGUCGCUCCCUGCUGCUGCUGCUGCUGCUGCUAUUGGCUCUGCUACAUUUGGGCUCUCUGGUUGCUCUAGGAAAGCACAAGGCUGGCGGGGGUCAGACUUGCAGGGUCUCUCCGCAUUCCCCCGGGAUUCAGAGUCCGGAUGCAGAGGGAUCGGUGUGGGCUGGAACCCCGGUACAACGCUACAGAAGGGGGGUCUCUAGUGCCCAAACAUCAGGCCACAUUAGUCAGGGGGAGCAGGACGCGCCCACUCACAGUAUCUGCCCCUAUAAAGUCAUCGCAGAGGGAAAGUCCAGGAACAUUUGCUUCAGGACCACGGACAGCGCGUUCCACUGCGAUCAAAGUACGUGCAAAGUGUUCAGGUCGGACAGCUCCCUAUUGGCUAAUGUGCUGAGCAACAGCAGCGUCCUCCUGCAAUGGCGCCCCCCACAGGCGCACUCUCUCAGGGGCUUUCUCAUGAACUGCUCCUGGAAUGGCACUUUCACUCGCUUCCACUGCGACACUGUCCAUCUGGGCACCUUCUGCAGAGAUUUCCUCCUCAACAACCUGCACGACAAUGUCAACUACAGGAUCUGCCUGAAAACGCUUUAUACAAACAGGACGUCUGGGGAGGAGUGUGUGGAAUUUACUGUGGAGCUGGUGGGGAUGCACGAUAUUGUCAUUGCUAUGACGGCAGUGGGGGGUUCUAUCUGCGUCAUGCUGGUCAUCAUAUGUCUCUUAGUGGCCUACAUUACUGAAAACCUUAUGCACCCUGCCUUUACUCACCCUCUGCCAAAAGAGGCACAUAAUAGGCCAAAAUAGUCCAGAAGAGUGGCAGAAUAGGCCAUAAGAGGGCCAUAAUAGCCCAUAAAUUGGCCAUAACAGGCCAAAAUAGUCCAUAAGAGGGCCAUAAUAGGCCAUAAAAGGGCCAUAAUAGGCCAACAUAGUCCAUAAGAGGGCCAUAAUAGGCCGAAAUAGGCCAUAAAAGGGCCAUAAUAGGCCAACAUAGUCCAUAAGAGGGCCAGAAUAGUCUAUAAAAGGGCCAUUACAGGCCAAAAUAGUCCAUACGUGGGCAAUAACAGGCCAAAAUAGGCCAUAAGAGGGCCAUAAUAGGACAAAAUAGUAAAUAGGAGGUCCAUAAUAGGCCACAAUAGUCCAUAAGAGGGCCAGAAUAGGCCAACAUAGUCCAUAAGAGGGCCAUAAUAGGCCAACAUAGUCCAUAAAAGGGCCAUAAUAGGCCAACAUAGUCCAUAAAAGGGCCAUAAUAGGCCAACGUAGUCCAUAAGAGGGCCAUAAUAGGCUAACAUAGUCCAUAAGAGGGCCAUAAUAGGCCAAAGUAGUCCAUAAGAGGGCCAUAAUAGGCUAAAAUAGUCCAUAAGAGG